CACCGCCGUAGACACACUCAGAUGUAGAGAGAGAGAGAGGGAGGGAGGGGUGCUAGUAAGCGGCGGGCUGUGAACAAAUUUAGAAAAAAAAAAAAGGAGACAGAGGGACUUUUCUUCCUCUGCUUCGUCUAACAAACUCAGUCUUCCUCUGCAGACAGACAGGAGCGCAGGCCAGCCUGAGCAGAAGUUUCUGUGGAUUUGCGAAAACUAAAGGGAGUUAUGGAGGUGGCUGUGUGAUCCGAGCCUGCCUCCCCUUCCUGCCGGAGGGGUCAGAGAGGAGAACACCUGCUGACAGCGAGCAGUUCCUGAAGGAGGCGACGCAGGAGGAGGAGGAGGACUGAGCGCAGCAGGAAGCGCCGCACACACCUGACAGGUCCCCGGUGAGCCAAACACUGUCGAACACUUGCCACGCUCCAGAGCAUCUACACAAGAAGCUGAGACAGCUUGUGGGAAGCAGCUGAUUGGUUGACCUUUGCGGGGAGGCCGGGAGUCGAAGGCCAUGGCGGGCCGACUCCUCCUCUUCCUGUUCGUCUCUGUGACGCUCUGUCACGCUCAUUUUUCAUCCAUGCAGCGCCUGAAGCCCCGCCUCCAGAGAGACAGACGCAACAUCCGCCCAAACAUCAUCCUCAUCCUGACUGAUGACCAGGACCUGGAGCUGGGUUCAAUGCAGGCGAUGAAUAAGACUCGCCGCAUUAUGGAAGAGGGCGGGACUUCUUUUUCGAAUGCCUUUGUAACCACGCCCAUGUGCUGUCCAUCACGCUCGAGCAUGCUCACGGGGAAGUAUGUUCAUAACCACAACACCUACACCAACAAUGAGAACUGUUCCUCACCGUCUUGGCAGCGGCAGCACGAGCCACGAACCUUCGGAGUCUACCUCAACAACACUGGUUAUAGGACAGCCUUCUUUGGAAAGUACCUGAAUGAGUACAAUGGGACAUACAUCCCCGCCGGGUGGAGGGAAUGGCUCGGUUUGGUGAAGAACAGCCGCUUCUACAACUACACGUUGUCACGCAAUGGUGUACGAGAGAAACACGGAGCGCAGUAUCCACAGGACUACCUGACCGACCUGAUCACGGCCGAGUCGAUCCGUUACUUCCGCUCUUCAAAGCGAGUUUAUCCCCACCGGCCUGUUCUGAUGGUCCUGAGCCACGCGGCGCCUCACGGACCCGAAGACUCCGCCCCGCAGUACAGCACCGCCUUCCCCAACGCAUCGCAGCACAUUACUCCCAGUUAUAACUAUGCUCCAAACCCAGACAAGCACUGGAUCAUGCGUUACACCGGCCCCAUGAAGCCCAUUCACAUGGAGUUCACCAACGUGCUGCAGAGGAAACGACUGCAGACGCUUCUGUCUGUGGACGACAGCGUGGAGAAGCUCUAUAACAUGCUGGUGGAGACGGGCGAGUUGGAAAACACCUACAUCAUCUACACAUCCGAUCACGGCUACCACAUCGGACAGUUUGGCCUCGUUAAAGGUAAAUCCAUGCCGUACGAGUUUGACAUCAGAGUCCCGUUCUACAUCAGAGGACCGAACGUGGAGCAGGGCAGCAUUAACCCUCACAUGGUCCUGAACAUCGAUCUGGCUCCAACCAUCCUGGACAUCGCCGGACUCGACACGCCUCCAGAUAUGGACGGAAAGUCGAUAUUGAGUCUGCUAGACACAGACAAACCAGCCAACAGGUUCCAGGUGAACAGGAAGCCAAAGGUGUGGAGGGACUCGUUCCUGGUGGAGAGAGGGAAGCUGCUCCACCAGGUCGUCGAAGGCAAGGAAGUAUCACAGGAGGAGAACUUCCUGCCCAAACGCCAACGAGUGAAAGACCUCUGCCAGAGAGCCGAGUACCAGACGCCCUGCCAGCAGACGGGACAGAAGUGGCAGUGUGUGGAGGACGCGACAGGGAAGUUACGCCUCUUCAAAUGCAAGAAUGAAGGAGGAGGGGCUAAGAGCUUCCAGAGGGGCAUUGUUGGCCGUCAGCGUCCAAUCAGCAUCAAGUCUCAGCUGUACCUUCCAAACUCCGGCGCCUGUGACUGCGAAUUUGGCGACCUGCAGCCUCUGAACCUUCGACCCUUCGCGAUGAAGCCAUUCAACAAGAAACCUUUCUUCUCCAAGAAGAAGUUCAAAGCCCUGAAGAGUUACUCCAGGAACCGUUACAGCCGCUCUCUACCCAUGACGAACAAUUACCCCGGAAACCAGAGCUUGGUGGACGAGGCCAGCUGGGAUCAGCCAAUAAGAGACGAAUCUGAGGAUGAGUUCAGCGGGAUGGGAGGAGUUCCCAACUCUGUGGUCCCACCCAACUCCAUCAAAGUCACUCACAGAUGUUCCAUCCUGUCUAAUGCAACAGUAAAGUGUGACACGGGAGUGUAUCAGUCCCUGCAGGCCUGGAAGGACCACAAGCUGCAUAUCGACCAUGAGAUCGAGACUCUGCAGACAAAGAUAAAGAACCUGAGAGAGGUCAGAGGUCACCUGAAGAAGGCACGCCCCCAGGAGUGUGACUGUAGCAAAUAUCUGUACAAAUCCAAACUGAAGAACAAACUGAGGUACAGAGCAGGAAGUCUGCACCCGUUCAGGAAGGCCGGGGCUCGGGACAAGAAGGCGUGGCUUCUGAAGGAACAGAAGAGGAGGAAGAAGAUGAGGAAGAUGAUCAAGAGGAUCAAAAACAAUGACACGUGUUCGAUGCCCGGACUCACCUGCUUCACACACGACAACCAGCACUGGCACACAGCACCCUUCUGGACACUGGGUCCGUUCUGCGCCUGCACCAGUGCCAACAACAACACAUACUGGUGUCUGAGGACCAUCAACGAGUCCCACAACUUCCUGUUCUGUGAGUUUGCCACCGGCUUCCUGGAGUACUUUGACCUCAACACGGACCCUUACCAGCUGAUAAACGCCGUCGGCUCGUUGGAUCGCACAGUUCUCAAUCAGCUCCACGUGCAGCUGAUGGAGCUCAGAGGCUGCAGGGGACACAAACAGUGUAAUCCUCGCACACGCUCAGUGGAGCCGGCAGGUGGGCGGGCACAUGGCAGCUUUCAUGACUACAGGCUGUUUGAGAGGAGGAAGUGGCCGAGAGUCAAGAAACCUUCAUCAUCUCGAACCCUGGGUCCGAUCUGGGACGGCUGGAAGGGCUAAACCUCUGGAUUGGCUGGACUACACCCACAUCAGCCUGAAAGAGGAGGGCGUGGCCGUCAAUACUGUAUCUCCGCUUGACCACCACGCCCCCACCUCAACCGUCAGCCAAUCAGCUUCUUUAGUCUCUGUGACAUCACCAGGUCCUCCCACCCUGCUGCUCAGGGAGACACUGGGACAAAACACUCGACACACCCCUCCAUUGGUUGCUCCUCCUUCCUCCUCUUCUUCCUUUGAGGAGGAGGGGAGCACCUUGCAGAGGAGCAAGAAGAAGGAGGAGGAGGGAGGAGAGGAUGAGGAGGAUGAUGGGGAAGAGGAGGAGUCAGAGGUAGACGAGGAGACUGUGAUUGUAAAAUAGAAGCAGGAUUGUUUGCCCUGAGUUUAGCCUCUCAGGUGCCGUUUCAGACGUCUGACAAAAUCUGAAUGACGCCGAAAAUCCAUCUGAGAAACAUCUAAACUUAAAUUCUCUUCUUAUAAAUCACUUCUGUUUCUAAAUACUCGUGUUUCCUUCUCACCUCUGACAGAAAACAUGUUGCUUCAGGUUUCAGUUUUCUUGAUUCGAGUGCAGCGCUGUUUGUUUUUCAUUUCAUUUUUUCUGAUACAUCAGCGCUGUGUUACACGUCAGUUUGUCCCAGAAACAGGACGACUUCUCUUCCUCUGCUGCUUUUGGUUUUUUAACUUCGUUAAAGAAAGAAAAAAAAACUUCUCAGAUUUUUCUGAUUUUGGCUCCACAGCAGCACAAAGCUUCUGUGAUGAAAUACAACCUUCUGAUUUAUUUUGAUACAUUUUCUUGCUAUUAUAUUAAAAAAGUAGUAGAUUGGUUUUAAUAACAAGAAAAAUGGUCAUAUUUCAUUUUGCAGGCAAGAAAAACUUUUAUUAAUAAAAAUAAAGAGAAUAAAUUGGUUUACUUUGAUGAGACGAAAUGAGGUCAUAAAACAUUAAUGUGAACUCAUUUUGUCUUUUAUUAUGAUGUUACAGGUUUUACAAAACAAAAACCAGUAAUAACUAGAAAAAUGUUAUAAAUACUGAAAGCAAGUGAGAAAUUUAGCAGUAAAACAAGAAACUUUGUUUCUACAAUAAUUUUAAAGAAGCUACUUUCAGCUGCUCUGUAAUCAUGAAGGCAGCAGCACAGCGCCACCUGCUGCAGCGCCGCAGUGCAGCAGGCAGCGCGCCUGACUUGGCAGUUUUUACGCCCCUCCUGAUGCAACAUUAUCUCCUUUAAAUGAGAAAAGGUGUGUUAGCAUAUUUUUGAAGUGAGGGGAAACGUUCCUGCUGCAAAUUUCAUAUUUUUAUGACAUUCUGAGUUUUCUAAGAAACAGUCAAGAAAACUUUUCAGACUUUUUCAUGUUCGUGUGACAUAUUCUCACAUCCUUAGAAGAUAUUUUCUUAUCACACAAUUUCUCUUCAGAAGUAAAAGUGAAAAAAAAUUUAAUGAUGGAUGGACAGGAGAAUUCAUGACAUAUUUCAUUUUUUUUUUUUUUUUUUUUGGACAAAAUGAAACAAGCUUUUUAUUUGUAAUAAUAAAAGUAUCAUUUGAGAAUGAAAAUCAUCAAAAAUAUAGUUUCACAAGAUCUGAUUUCUUGAAAGAAGUUUAAUAAGUCAAUUAUUGGGAGAAAAUAAGAUACAGUGCCAGCUGGUGAAAAAUUGAAUGUUGUAACAAAAAAAGUUCUUUUAGUUGAAGCUUUUUCUCAUUAUUUUGACAUAUUUGUCUGUUUUGUCUUUCUAAAACCUAAUAAAUCAUCUCAUUAUAAUGAGAAAAUACAAAAUCAUUUUUAUUAUAUUAUUACUUAUAAAAAUUGGAGUUAUGGAGGGUUUAAAGGGGUGGUAAAUUUAUCUGUCUGGGAAUAACAGUUUUAGAGAAAUCUACAAAUAAGUUUGUUUUCCUAAAAUUAUUAUUAUUAUUAUUAUUAUUAUUAAAAGACUGUAUGUAAAAGAUGGACAUUGCACCCAUGACCUCAUGCAUUGGUUAUGAAUCCUCAGUGUUUUGGCAGUGAGAAAACUACAUCCAUAAAUUGUACAGGUGCAUCACACAGACAUGCGUACCUGCUAAUCAGCACUAAUUACCAGGCUGAUGAACAAGUAGAAUUUCAGUAAAAAACAUUAGAGCACAAAUUUCUCAGGCAGUCUGCCCCUCUCAGAAAGUCUUAUUAGCUUAUUUUUUUGAUAACUGCAUUCAAAACGCUCCAAAAAGGCACCAGCAGCACAAACGCUGCAGAGGUCCAGCUCAGGUGUGGCAGACACCUGUUGGCUGUCACACACCCCCACCCCCCACCCCCCACCCCACAACUUUAGGCCUUAACAGUGUUCAAAUAAAUAACUUCAAAAAAUAUUUAGCAGUCGUGCCAUUGUUAGGAAGAAGGAAACUGUUCAUAGAGACAAACAGCAGAUUUUUCUGAGGUUGAAACUUGUUCGAGGCGACUUUACUUCUGUGGCAGCCACACGUCCGUCUGCGCUGACCUUUGACUCCACCAGUGAGCUCAUAUUUAUCUCAUGUUUCUAUUAUAAACUCAAUCUCAUGAUGGCAAGAAAAAAUAUCAAACCUAAAAAUGAGAAGUUUUUUAUUGUUCUUCUUUUUGUCAGAGUUUAUUAUAAGAAAGUAGUUUGAUCUCCAUAUUCUGAUGAAAUUGAAUCAGUUUUGAAUCUUCCUCCUCUGCCCUUCUCCUCCUCCUCCUCAGCUGACCUCCCGGUGACCUCGUCUGUUCUCCGUGUUCAUAUUUAGUCUUUAACCGUCUCUGAGGACUUUAGAGGACCUGCUCUCUCCUUUCAUGUUCUUACUAAACGCAGACCGAGGUGGACGCCACAAACACGCCGAGCGCUCUGACAUCAUCGCUGAUGUAAACGUGAUUUUUCUUUCCCCUCCGCUAACUUGGGUGUUACCAUAGUGACCGACAGCUUUACUGAUGACAGAGCUACAGUUGUACUAACCUGGUGACUGACUACAGUUCCCAUGAUGCAAUGCAGCAGCCCUGAAGAGCAUGUCAGAGGAAAAGUCAAAGAGAACAGAGGGGGGGAGAAGGUCUCUUAAUGUCUCGUGAGCCAAUGAAAAGAGGGCUAGGCGAUGAUGUCACCGGGUCUAGAAACAAAGAAAAUGACUCGGAGUUUACAGAGAUCUGGUUCAGUGUUUUUAUUUUGUAACGCUUCAUCGUCCAAUCACCUUGUUCCUACACAUCUUUCUUUGUUUUGUCCUCUCAGCUGAUUUUUUUUUUAAAUAUUUUUUUCACCCAAUCAAACCACAGAACGUAUAAAAUGUAAAUUAUAACUGUAGAAAAACAACUGGAUUCACACAGGAAGUCAAAAACAAUUUAAGUUUGAGUUUACACAUCUGAAUAUUAAGAGAAGAUCACAGGUGUGCUUCGAUCGAUACAUUUCAUACACAUAUCACACCUUCGUCAUGUUUCACACACUUUCAAAAUAACAGCGGACAGGAAAUGACUUCAGAAAAAAACAGAUUUCUGUCAGAUACUCCAAACAGCAGCUAUUUCCCCAUCUUAUCUGCUUCUGGUCCAGUUUUUUGUUUCCUACAUUUCCCAAAAUGCCUCAAGGCCUUACAGGAGCAGGUAUAUCAAUCUGAGAGGGUGAUGGUACAGAGGGGGAUUUUGGUAUUUUGGGGUGUCUGCAGUGGACUUACUCUGCUUUCAUUAUAAUUUUAUCAUCAUUAUCAGUGUUGGAUGUUCAUAUUAAACAUGACCAAAGUUUCAAACGCUGAGGUCAGUAUGUACAAAUAAUCCCUGUGAGACAAAACCUCCUGAACAGUCCGUUUCAGGCUGUUUUUUUCACUUCUCGGGUGCGUGUGAUGUCAUAGAUGGAGGAUAUUCCUAAUAUGGUCAUCUCAGGCACAGCCCCGCCCACUCAGCAGAAUUCCGGCCUUACAGGAGGUAGAACAGGAUGAACUGAGCACCAAGGUAGUGACACAAAGUAUUGCUAUUUUUUAACUGAAGUUACCGGUCAUGUAUUAUUACAGUUAUUCUGUAAUAUCAUAUUAGGCAGAGGGAAUCCCACCGUGACCCGAAAUGAUGUCAGAGACUCAAGAAACAAACACAAAGAGACAAAUUAACUAUUAAUUUUUUAAUCUGGAUCUUUGGAGAAAAAAAAUCAACACAUUGGUUUACAUUUGUGAUUUAUGACAAAAAAGUCUUCAGCUUUGUAAGAUUUAAAAACACCCUUCAAAUCCUUUUUAAAGAGCCAACAAUGCUUUAUAAGAACUCUGAAGAGCAGCGGGUGCACUCUGGGAAUUCUAGUUUUACUUUGAAAGGGCUUUUGUGUGCUUUGAAGUCUCUGAAUUUCUAAACUCUUUUUUUUGAACACACGUCACGUGUUCGUUCUUUGCAUUGUUGCAUUAAUGUCAUAUCAAUGUUACCGUGAUAACCAUGUUAAAUAUCGUUUACAUCAACAACCCGUAAAACAGCUACAAACCUGCCACUUUGAGCAGGACAUUUUCUGCUGCAGUUCGACCGUUCUGGAGGCGAUGUUCUUCCUUCCUGUGUGAAUGCAGCUGUGACUCUGCUGUCUGUAGAGGUUUUUUUCUCCUUUCUUUAACCCCAAAGUGUAUUUUGCUCUGCGGUGCUAUUUGCUGUCUAACAGAUAUCUAGGAAAAACCUUCUGGUUGUGUUUGAAUGUAUUUGUAAAUGUGUAGGUGUGUCUUCUAAAGACACACACAAGAACAGGACCGACAUGGUCCAGCUGAGCCUGGACGGACACGCACAUACACACCUUCACUCUAUCCACCCCUACACACACACACACACACACACACACACACACACACAGAAGGACAAACUGCAGAGCACUUUGAUUGGAGGAUGCAGAGGAGGAAUGAGCCAAUGGCGGGUUCAUGGUGAUGAUGAUGAUGAUGUAAAGCUGCCGUGUGCAGCCAGUUAAUACUGAUCUAACACACCUGUACAGUCACCCACUGACCUGUGGAUACAGUGAUUGGUUUUAGUUUGUGAAUAAAGUGUUGAAUGCCAAACUGUG